UAGACUGGUAGCAACUGUUUUGAUGAUUGACAUCACUUCAGAUCUUUUUUCCUGGUUCCAGCUGCUCAUAUGUGAGCGUGUACUGCUUCUCUCUGUCAGUGUAUGUUAGUAAAUGUAAGAUUUGGGCUUUUGGACGCUAACUGGCACCCUGCUGUAGGCCCGCUCCUCGCAACGUAAAUCAAACACACCUUUCGGAAUCAGGCGGGGUAUUUAAACCGCUCGCGCCCCCCCCCCGCCGCCAUGCUGCCAGCCGCAGUUUGUUAACAAGCUAGCCCGUUAUCUGUUUGAUUUAACGGAGGAAAUAAUCAUACUUGGAGCUCCUUGCUGCCGCCGCGGCCUUCUAGCGACUCUGUCCGGCGGCCGUUCCUCGUCACCGGCCUCGGCUGCCUCACCUGCCGGCCUCAGACGCGCACCUCCGUCCGGAAGGUGUGCUGCCGGUGCUGUGGAUGCGAACUAGCAGCCGACUCUUGCCAAGGUGUGGAGCUCUCUGAAGCACCUGCAUGCCUCGUCUCUUGACCUUUGUGACCUUUUGAACUUGGCCAGAGAAACACAGGAGUUCUUAUGUUGCCUCAUCUCACCGGUACAGUGCCGUCCUUUUUACAGCACUAGCAGUGUGGCUCUGUGGAUGGCAGUGCCUGCCCGCCUGCCGGUGCACCACUUUGGUCCAGAUUCAAGUUUCUCGACAGCUAUUGGACGGAUUUCCACGAAAGUUUGUACAGACGUUCGCGGUUCCCGGAGGAUGAAUCCUAAUGACUGCAGGGAUCCCUAUUUGAUGGAUUUCCGUGACGUUUGGUUCACACGUUCACGUUCCCCUCAGGAUGAAUUGUAAUAACUUUAGUGAUCCUCUGACAAAAUGAAUGACAUUCCCAUCAGCAUCAGCUGUACUUUGUGUUUAGUGCUAAUUAUCCAAAGUUAGCAUGCUAACACACUAAACUAAGAUGGUGAACGUUGUAAACAUUAUACCUAGCGUUUUUACUGUUUUCUGUGGCUAUUGUAAAGCACGUUGUAACAUUAUUAUUAUUAGUAGUUGUAUUAGUAAUAUUAAUAUUGUUGUUGUCGUUAUUAUUGUGCAAAACCUGUGCAGCCAACUAAAUAACAUGAACACGCCGUAGUAGCUAUUACUAUCUAUUAUUUUCACUAUUAUCACAAGUACAAUAUUUGGGUUUGGUUUUUGCAGUUUAAGUUGCAGCUGAAACGAUUAGUCGAUCGAUUUAUUAGUCGAUCAACAUCGGCAACUAUUUUGAAAAUCGAUUAAUCGUAUCUGUGCAUAAACAGCCUCUGAUUCCAGCUGCUCAAAUGUGAGGAUUUGCAUUCUUUUCUUCAUAUUUUUACGAUUGUAAACUGAAUUUCUCUGAGUUUUGGACUUUUCGUCGGACAAAACAAGGAAUUUGAGGAUGUCACCUCUGGGGAAACUUUUUCACUAUUUUCUGACAUUUUAUUGACAACAAAAAUUGCAGCUCUAAUCACAAUAUUAGGAAUAAAAUAGAUUAAAAGAGAACUUAAUAUAAAUAGACAAAUAGAUGUGCAUGUAAAUGUGGUCACCACAGUGUAAACUGGGGCUGCACAAUUAAUCGAAAUAUUAUCGAAAUCGCAGUAUGGCCAAGUGCAAUAUCCAAACUGCAGAAGCUUCAGUUUUAUGAUAAAAGUCAAAUGUGUGACAAAACAUUUAUAAUGAAGUGCUGCAGAGCUGCAGAGACGCCUGUACCAAACACAAACAUGUUUGUUUGGUACAGAACCCAACAAAUGUCCCAUCAGCAUGAUUUUAAUAGUUAGUCAUCGUGAAUCAUCGCAGUCGUAAUAUCUGUCAAAAUAAUCGCAAUAUGAUUUAUUUUUUUACCAUAUCGUACAGCCCUAAUGUAAAUAUACUGCGAUAUAAAAAUGACUAAUGUAAGUUUUGUACUUAAGCAGUCAAAGUAGUCAUUGUGAAUAGUCACUGGAUUUGUGAGAAUAUCUUCCUGUAGGAAUAUACCACCGACACUGCAGGGAUCGGGUCUGACCACAGGGGGGCAGACCGGUCUCAUUCUCCCCGGACUGAAGUGAAACAGAGCCAACAGGUGACGGUUUCUGCCAAAAGUCCACAAGUCAGUGCAACCCUACAAACAGCAGCGUUUCAAGUUUCAGAAUAUAGCCUGAUAUAUUCUAAUAAAGGCAUUAUAAUGUGCACCUGGUCAACACUGAGUUUUAUCGUAGUUAAUGGUGCCUUUGUUGUUCUUAUUCCUCAUAUUCUUUUGGCCAUAUAUGUCUUUCAAACUGCAGACCAUGCCUGAAGAGCAGAAUAGUGUUUUAUUGUAUUUAAACGUUGCGUGAUUGUUGUCUUCGUCUUCAGAGCGACCGAAUGACUCUUCAGUGGCCGCCCUGCUAGAGCCGCUAUCGGUUGUGGCAGUCGGGGUUUAGUGGAGAGAGAGAUUGCCACUUGGUGUUUUUACAGCCUCCUUCACUGCUGUGGCUGGAUCGCAGUGAGAAGGCAGGGGUGAUCCGGGUCUGUCGCCCGCUGCGCUGCGUCUGGACAUGGAAACGUGGCGCGCGUCUCCGCGAGCCGUGCGUUAAUGUUGCUGGACAGAUAUCCAACCGGGCGAAUUAUGAAUGAAUAUAACAUAAAGAUGAAUCUCUCCUCGGCGAACGCCUCCUCUUGGAAAGCAGAGUCGGUGGUCCUCUCUCUGGGGUUUUCGGUCAUUUUCCUGGUGGGCACCGUGGGAAACUCUCUGGUCCUCGCGGUUCUGUUUCGCAACGGGCAGAUGAACACCAAAACCACGAACCUGUUCAUCCUCAACCUCGGGAUAGCAGAUCUGUGUUUUAUUGUUUUCUGCGUGCCCUUCCAAGCCACCAUCUACACUCUGGAUGAAUGGGUGUUCGGUCCUGUGGUGUGUAAGGUCGUGCACUUCAUCAUUUUUCUCACCAUGUACGCGAGCAUCUUCACCCUGACAGCUGUUUCCCUGGACAGGUAUUUAGCCAUUUGCUACCCACUCCGCUCCCGGAAAAUGAGAACACCAAAGAAUGCCCUCACCUCCAUCUGCCUGGUUUGGACCUUGGCCGUGGUUUUCUCAGGACCGUAUCUCAGCUACUACGCGCAGAUGGACCUGCACGGCACUGUGGUGUGCAUUCCUGUCUGGGAGUCCAAACCGCGCAUCAUAAUGGAUGCGUGCACCUUCAUCUUUGGCUACCUCGUCCCCGUCCUGGUGCUCGGCCUCACCUACGGUCGUACCAUCCGAUACCUGUGGACCAGCGUGGAUCCUGUAAAGAACAUGUCCGAGUUGAGGCGGGCCAAGCGGAAAGUCACCAAGAUGAUCGUCAUUGUCGCCGCUCUCUUCUGCCUCUGCUGGCUUCCCCAUCACCUGGUCAUCCUCUGCAUGUGGUUCGGACGCUUCCCCCUCAACUACACCACCUACGUCCUCCGUAUCCUCUCCCACCUGGUGGCUUACACCAACUCUUGCCUCAACCCCAUCGUCUACGCGCUCGUCUCCAAGCACUUCCGGAAAGGCUUCAGGAAGGUGUUUAGCUGCUCACUGAGGACGAAGGAGGUCAACAAGGUGCACGUCAUCCAGGCGGUGAACACGGUCAGCCAUGUGGAGACCUCCAACUGAAGACAACGGCGUCGUCUCAAAAGUUCUAGUUUCACCACACUAAAAAACAUCUUGUACACCUGUCUGUGAAGAAGACCAUGAUGAGGAAGACUUCCGGACAGCAGAAACGCUGCGGGGCCGAGACUGUCUCUGCUGAAUUAUUGACCACCAAUUACAAAAGAAAUUGAUGAAUGGAGGAAAACCUUUACCUUUAGGGGAAAGGACGGAGGCUGAAUUUGACACAGUGAAAGCCAAUGAGGCUAAUGUUUAGACCGUGUUCUGGUAUUUAAAUUGAUCACGAAAGAAGCAAACGACACAGAUCGAUUGAUCAAGGAAUGCAACUCCAGGGAUGGCGAUGUCGGUUUGAUCGGCCGGUCGGUAGGUCCACCACCUUGUUCCAGACUGAAAUAUCUCAACAACUAGUUAAUGGAUUGCCUUGAAAUUGGUCACAGACAUUCAUGAUCCCCAGAGGAUCACUCCUAAUGAGUUUUCCUCCAGUCUCACCAGCAGGACGAGGUUUUCAUGCAUCCAGUGAAAUAUCUGCUCUAGCGCCACCAUGAUGUUGACAUUUUGACAAUGUUUCAACAACUACUGGAUGGGUUGCCAUGAAAUUUGGUUCAUUCAUGUUCUCC